AUGACGUCAUGUGACAACAGCUGGUGUUUGAGCCGGAGAGAGAGAGAGAAAGAGUGGGAGGGGGUAGGAGGAUGUAAAAAUGUAAAGCGGCAACAUCGAGCUGCACCGCGGCUCCAGCCCACGGCCACGAACAGUCGGAACCGGGUGGACCGCCUCGUCAGGAGGAUGCUGCUCUUUGUCGUUUACACUCUCCUCUGCGUUCCCGGGGACUGCCUUUUUGUGACCGAGUACUUCACCCGAACGCCUCGUAAGCUCAGCGCUUUCAACUCCUUCGCCAGUGUGGAACUUUUCCACUUCAAUGUGCCUGACGACACCAUGAUGGCCGUAUGGAACCUCAUUACCUUCAAGGAACAAGGCGGGACCUUCGGGGACAGCUGCCCCAAUCGCAAUGUGACUGUGUACUUCAGGUCCGGCGCUCCUCCGGUAAUCAACCCCUUGAACACUCACUUCCCUCGGGACACGGCCGUCCCGGGAUCUUUCACCGUGACUCUGACCUGGACGCUCCCCAACCGAACCACGGGGGCGUUCAACGUGACCGGACCGCUCCCGGGGGACUGGUUCCUGGCUGCGCAUUUACCCAAGGAUGAAGGCAAGAUCUCAGUCAAGGGUCUUUCCGAAGAGUGCCAGUAUUUGUUCCAGCCUCAGCUGAUCGUACAAAGGCUGGUCGGGAUAGCCGUGCUCUAUCCAGGGUACUUCAUUGACCAGAUCAUCCCCGCUCACAAUAGAUCUGCUCUUUAUAAAGUGUUUGUUCCCAACUACAUAUCAAAGGUGAAAGUUCAGCUCCUCAACUGCGGCGUUAAGAACAAAAGCGGCGACACUUGUCCCGUGGUGUUGAAGAUCAGAGAGCGGGCUCCCCCAGUGCACAACUCCAGCGCCCUCGACUGCCGGGAGUGGAGCCCCUGCGAGCUGGAUGCCUCGGUGCCCGCCUGGGAGCGAUGGUACUACAUCCUGGUGGAGCGAUACCUCACGAACGCCGAGGUCAACUUCCGCAUCGGCGUGCAAGUUACGGACUGCUCUAAAUCCAACUCGUCUAAGGAGCAAUCCCCGGCCGGCUCGUCCAUGAACAUGCCGCAGUCGUUCGGCACGGCCAUGUCUUUCUCCUUGUCCGACAGUCUGGCGGCGGCGGCCCCGGGAGGCGCGUCGUACAACGCCACUCACCCGAGCGUCUCGGGGGACGGCGUGGUUUACCUGGCCCCCCCCACCGGGACCGACAAGUGUUGGCCAGUCCGGCCCACUCUUCGCAACGAGCUGGACACUUUCUCCGUGCACUUCUACGUCUUCUUCGGUCCAAAUAUAUCCAUCCCGCCCGACAGAGCCGCCGUUUUCGCCAUCAACCUCAUGCCUGUUUUGGACAGCGGCGGCGUUCUGAACAUGGAAUUGAAGCUCAACAUGUCGACGCUUAAAGACAAGAAUGUCACCGUGUUCGGCUGCCUGACUCAUGGGAUGCCGCUCUUUGUCUGGCAAAACUCAUCAUUGGAAUGUGUAUCAGAAUCCGUUGCCGGAUUUUUUCUGUCUGUCAACACCUCCACUAAUAUCACCAAACUCAGGAUUCCGUACCCUCAGACGGGCACGUGGUACCUCAGUCUGCGCUCGCUAUGUGCCACAGAACACGGUCCACGGUUUCUGCAGUGCGCCAACGUGACUGCAGAGGUUUACAUGCGCGCCUACCUGACUCCGUGCGUCAACGACUGCGGCACGUACGGACAGUGCAAGCUUCUGCGCACCAACAACUACCUUUACGCCGCGUGUGAAUGCAAAGCAGGCUGGGAAGGCUGGGGAUGCACGGACAAUUCCGAAGCGUACUCGUACAGCUUCCAGCUGCUCUCCACCCUGCUGCUGUGUCUCAGUAACCUCAUGUUCGUCCCACCUGUGGUCAUCGCCGUGCGCAGUCACUACCUGCUGGAAGCCUCCGUUUACAUCUAUACUAUGUUCUUCUCUACCUUCUACCACGCUUGUGACCAACCUGGCAUCGUGGUCUUUUGCAUCAUGGAGUACGACGUUCUCCAGUUCUGCGAUUUCCUCGGCUCCCUCAUGUCAGUAUGGGUCACCGUCAUUGCCAUGGCCAGGCUGAAAUCCAUCAUUAAACAGGUGCUGUAUUUACUCGGGGCCAUGUCCCUGUCCAUGGCUUUGCAGCUGGAUCGUCACGGUCUGUGGAACCUGGUAGGACCCAGCUUGUUUGCUCUGGGAAUCAUGGCGGUGGCAUGGACGGUCCGCACCGUCCGACGACGUCGCUGCUACCCUCCCACCUGGAAGCGCUGGGUGUUCUUCCUGUUCCCGGGCACGGCCAUCGCCACGUCCGCCUUGGCGCUUUACGCCUUCGUGGAGACGGAGGAGAACUACUUCUACAUCCACAGCAUCUGGCACAUUCUGAUCGCCGGCAGCGUGGGCUUCCUGCUGCCGCCCCGCGCCAAGCCCGACGCCAAGGUGACGCCGCUCAAGCGCAGGCGAGGUUGCGGCUAUCAGCUGUGCGUCAACGAGCACGAGGAACUCGGCCUGGUGGACCCGGUCAUCAUCUCCAUAAACAGCAUCUGCACCAGCUGA